AUGGUGGAGGCAAGCAAUUCGUUCAUCGAGCAGGACGAUACACCGCCGCUCCUGCCUUCCAGAACUGAGCAAUAUGUUGAAAUCCUGUCCAAGCAAGAGAAAGCAAUGCCAUCGUUUUUGGAUCAUUUCGGCACGCGGGACCUUAAGGUCUUUUUCCGCUGUUGGGUGGCGGCCUGGACGUCUCGUCUGUUGAUGUUUAUCAAUCCCACCCUUGACAUUUGGCAUCGCUAUUUUCUUCGCAUGUUGAUUAUACCCCCAAGCGGAGUAGUCAUGGUCCAAACACUUGGCGCGGUUUCCCUGUUCCUCAGAAUCUGCCUGGCCUGGGGCUGGGGUGUGAUUGCAAUGAAGGCAUCGCAUGCUGUCCGUCUGGCAGCCGAAACAGCAGCAAAGGCCGCAUCUUUGCAGGAGGCAGUCGCCCAAUCAGCCAAGGCCGAGGGUCUCUCUGGUACAGAAGCCGCCAAACAUGUCAUCUUUAGCGGCCACAUGCUGGAUACACGCGUUGUUACAAUCAAUUCCUGCAUGCUUUGCGUGUUCAUUUAUCUUAUGGCUCGACUCCGCGCAGCAAACCCGAAAACAGCACUUACUGCUCUGUUUGGAAUCAUCAUUUCCGACAUCUUCGUGUGCUACGGCCCUCUGCUUCCGACUUUCGUGGGCACUAUUCCCCUAACUUUGGUCAAACCUACCACAGUUGGUAUCGGUAUCGGCGUCGCCUGCUCGAUCCUUCUCUUCCCUCAGUCAACAUCAUAUAUCGUUCUCAAUGACAUCAGUGAUGCUAUCGAUCUGUUGAAAACGCCACUAGCGUUUACUGCAUUGGCCCUUGGGGGAAAGGCAGACAAGCUCAGCAUCUCGCGGUUGCGAAAGACACAGGAAGAGAUAACCAAGGGAAACAAGAAGAUUGAGACGUCCUCAAAUUUCUUAGCUUUGGAUUUUUCAGUGGGAUCCUGGGGUGCGCAGGAUGUGCUGUCGCUGAAAGAACCUCUUUCGCAACUGAUGGCUAGAGUUCUCUCCUUGCUGGAGUUCCAUUUGAGUCGAAUGCACGGGCAGACGCGCAGCGACGAGAUUCUCCAGUGGUAUGUGAAUGACAGAUCGUUGAAUGUGUCCAAGGAGAAAAUGGAUGAAGAAAAGGACAGCAAUGAGCAGCCCGAAGUCGGAGGUCACCAACAGACGCUGAUGGCCCAGCUGCUGGCUCAGUUUCGGGCACCAGGCGAACGGUUAUUUCGACUAUCGACCAUUCAAGUCCUCGUGAGCAAGGGUUGUGAGGCAGUUAAUGCAUGCUUGGAAGGUUUUGGCGUCGCCAACGAAUGUAUCGACCUGGUGAACCGCCGCCGAUGGUUCAAUCGGCCGUCAUCGUCUGAAAAAGAGAGCCUGGUUCGGCGCUCGAACUCGACACUUGACGACUUGCAUCAGGUUCCGGCUUCCUUGAUACUUGAGAUAUCUGAUGCCUUGGUGGAAGAAAAUCGUAACGGUGCUCUAUGUCAGGGCGAUCUGAAAGGUAAUGCUGGGUCGCUGAUUGUUGUUAUGGUAUUCGAGGAGCAUCUUACCAACGUAAUCGACACCACCAUAGCCCUCCUAAGCCAAGUAAGUGCUGGAUAUGCCGCCUCGUGGGUUGUUCAGGCGGAUACGAAGGCCCCUGGAACUGAUAGCACACAUCCGGAUGCCCAUGAGAAGCUGACUCCCAUGACCGCUAAGGCUCAAGAAGAGCUGCGAAAAACUCUGAAGAUCCGCCCUAGAAGAAGAAGCUCAAUCGCACGGUGCAUCCUAGGGGUCUACCAUUGGUUCACAUCUAGUGAAGGGCUUUGGUGCCUCAUAGUGCGCAAUUCUACUAUCAAGAGAAAGGCUUUCUGGGGUUUGAUCAUGGGGCAGACUAGCCUGCUGGUGUACAUGGCUGACUUCACCUUUUCCGUGAUGGCCCGAGUGGUCGCCACCAUCUCUGGAGGGGCCUUGGGCCUCGCUGCUUGGUAUAUUGGUUCUGGCAGCGGUCAGGACAAUCCAUAUAGACUUUCAGCGGUCAUGGCGGUCAUGUUGAUCAUCUUCAUGUGGCUGCGCCUUUACCUGCCACCGCAUCUCCUGCAAGGUGGCAUCAUGAGUGGAGCCACCUUCUUGCUUGUGGUGGCUUAUAGCUAUGCUGAUAAGCACAUUCCUCAGUAUGGCAAUCCUGGUGUUGGAUACAAUGUCUUUUGGCGCCGACUGCUGCUUGUCCUUUGUGGUGUGGCUGCUUCAACCUUCGUGCAAGUUCUCCCUCGCCCUCCUUCAGCCACCAGACAUAUCUGCACAUCUCUUUCCAACUCGGUGUCCACAAUUUUAGACCACUACUCCCUCACUCUAUCGUGCUGGGGCCGUUCCAAGCAUGACGACAAUGUACUAGCUGAGGCCCUUACCUUGCAACUCACCGAGUCGCUCACGGAGCUUGACCCGGCAAUCGUCCUUGUCCGUUACGAGUUCUCAAGCUCCAAAUUUGAUUCCGAAACCCUAUCUAUCAUUCAACACCUCUGUCAUGGAGUGAAUCUCAACCUUGGCCGCCUCCUCGUGAUCACAGCCUCCUUACCCCAGGACUACCAGGACCUCCUGGCGCGUCAAACCGGGCUUCUCGAUCAUCAUGCCAUUGGCGACGUCAUGGCUGUACUUGCCACCUGCCAGGAGGCUCCGAAGACCGGCAACGCUCUUCCGGAAAUUCUGCCUUCACCUCUCGUGCGUAGAGCGCUUGAGUACCGGUCGCAGGAAGCGUGGUUGAUCACGGAGAAGAUGCUGCACGAUGAAAGCUGGCGGCAAUAUUGCGUUGCCUUGAGCGCUUACCUGAAAUUCUUGUGGAUUGUGGACGAGUUGACAUUGACUAUCAAGGGUGUUGUGGGAGAAGCACAUAUUGUCUGGCACAAGCUUGCUGAGACGGUUUGA